AUGCCGUCAAAUGUGCCGAAAUGUGCGUAUAUAUUUGUCUAUCUGUCCUUGUUGUUUGGUGUUUACAGUCUGCAUUUUGGGUUUAUUGUGGAGUGUUUUUUUUUUCUCUUGCUUUUUGUGUGUUGCCUUUGUGAAGCUGUUUUAGUUUCUCAGGGUUCUGAAUUAAGUUGGAUUCUAAGGGAAAAAAUUAUUAUUAUUAUUGUUUGUUUGCUAAUGAGUGUGCGGAGUAUUGUGACAAAGCAGCUUCUACGACAGUCCACGUUGCAGCCGCGGCUGAAGCUUCCUGCUGGUAGGGUCGUGUCACUUGAGGAGGGUCGACGUUUGGCACGCUUGGUACACGAGGAGGCGGAACAAACAGAUGCUGCCAAUUUGGCUGCCGUUGAGAAUCGGUCGCUGAAUUCGCCUGUCGUUCUGGAGGAGGAGGUAUCGAAGCGCAUUUUGCUGCUGCGACAGAGGAGUAAUAAGGCUGCCAAUAUCAGGGCAGCUGUCGCUUAUGCCCAGCGUAGCAAGGUGCCCGGUGCCGUGGGGAAAAUGGGGACAGAGGUGCGUGAGGUGGCCGUGAAGUUGCUGCGCAAAGAUUCUUCUGCUCGUGGCGCAUUGAAGGAGCGUCAUGAACGCACCAAAAGGACGAGAGCCUCGAAGAAGCGGGCGGUUGGCACACGCAAGUGA